GACUCUCGUCUUCUUUACUCUCUAGUCAUUCCUAACAUUCAUUUCUUUAUUUCCUCUUACUAGCUCUUCCCUUACUCUCCCUCCCCUCUCACACAUGCACUUUGUGCAGAGUUGGGGGUCCAAAGUUCAGUAACUUGUGAAGCACAGGGAUAAAUAUGAACCUUGGAGGAUUUGUUCUGCUCUGAUGUAAACAGAGAGAGACAAGGGUCCCUUAUCUGCUAUGUCUCACUGAAGACUGUCCAGGGGGUGACUACAUACAGGUUGUGGCCGCACAGAAAGCAUUUUUGGGGGGAGGAGGAGACAGAAGGUGGGUAGAGCAUGGGCUCCCGCCUGCUGAUCCCUAUUCUAACCGCAGGAUGGUGAACUGGUAGCAGGUAACAGCGAGGAUGGCGUCUCAGCUUAGCUACUUGCAGCAGGAGCUACUAAGGGCAUUGCUAGAGUCAGGUGUCACUAAAGAGACUAUUACCAGAGCCUUGAGUGAUGGCGAUGGUUACCAGUAUCCCAGGGAUCCCCUGGAUGACCUAAGUAGCCUGGAAGAUGGGGAUCAUUGUGUGCAGCUACCCAAUGGUCUUACGGAACCCCUUGUAACGGAAGAUGACAGUUCUGAAGAUGGUGGGGACUUUACGCCACCGAUUAUAAAGGAUUUGGAGAGACUAAGCCCGGAGGAGGCUGCCCAUCAGAAGGCUGUGGUGGAACGAUUGCUGCAGGAGGAUUCAUGGCAUGUAGCCAAGCUAGUGAAAUCUUACUUGCAACAGCACAAUAUUCCACAACGGGAGGUGGUAGACACCACAGGACUCAACCAGUCUCAUCUAUCCCAGCACCUUAACAAAGGUACUCCCAUGAAAACGCAGAAAAGGGCAGCACUGUACACUUGGUAUGUGGCAAAACAGCGAGAGGUAGCAAGGCAGUUCACACAUGCAGGACACACUUUGAUGACCGAUGACAUCUCCUGUGAUGAAGUGCCAAAUAAGAAAAUGAGAAGGAACCGCUUCAAGUGGGGGCCAGCUUCGCAGCACAUCCUUUUUCAGGCAUAUGAAAGACAGAAAAAUCCCAGCAAAGAGGAGCGUGAAGCACUUGUAGAGGAAUGUAAUAGGGCAGAGUGCAUACAGAGAGGAGUAUCGCCAUCACAAGCACAAGGACUGGGCUCUAACUUAGUGACAGAAGUGAGAGUUUAUAAUUGGUUUGCCAACAGGCGCAAGGAAGAGGCAUUCCGGCACAAAUUGGCAAUGGACUCCUACAAUGGCCAGAGCUCCACAACUGCCCUAACGGCACAUGAUUUGCCUUCAGCCAAAACAGGCAUUCGAUACACCCAAGACUCCUCCAGUGAGCGAGGACCCUCCAUGGUGAGCAACCAAAAUGGUCUGUCUCCAACCAACUUGGAACACAGCCACGGCCUCAUGAGCAGUGAAAGCAAAUUAAUUUCAACAUCAGGGGGCUCCCUUCCACCCGUCAGCACGCUUACUGCGCUGCACAGCCUGGACCAUGGACAGCACACAAUUGGACAGACACAGAACCUCAUCAUGACUUCACUCCCCAGUGUCAUGACAAUCGGCACAGAUGCAUCACUUGGACAAGCAUUCGGCAACUCUGGACCAUCAACAUUAGUGAUAGUCUCCAAUCCAUCUGCUGAUAGAACAGAUCCUUGGGGGCACUCUGCACAUGUUCAGUUUGGUCUUACAUCCCAGUCUCAAAGUGUUCCUGUGAUCAACAGUGUAGGCAGCAGUCUGACACCAUUACAGCCUGUCCAGUUCUCCCAGCAAAUCCACACUUCACCCCAGCAGCAAUUAGUACAACAGGUUCAAGGUCACAUGACACAAAACCCCUUCCUGGCCACAAUGGCUCAGCUCCAGUCUCCACAUGCUCUGUACAGCCACAAAUCAGAUGUUGCCCAGUAUGCAUCUGCUAGUUUCUUCCCACAGACCAUGGUCAUCACGGACACAUCAAACUUGGGAACAUUCACUAGCCUAACACCCUCCAAACAGGUCCACUCCUUGCACAGUAGUGCACAGGAAGACUCUCAGGGCUCCCAGCUCCAGAGCCAAGACUCCAAUAUCCUGCACCUCACUUCAAGCCACCGCCUCUCCCCUAGUCCAACAGUAUCCUCAGCCGGUUUGGUACACUACCAGAAUUCCAGCACCCCUGACAGUCACAGCCACAGCCACAACCACAGCCACCUCCUGUCCCCGUCACACAGCACCAUAGACAAUUACAUGUCCACGCAGAUGACAUCUUCCUCACAAUGAAAAGACUUCAGCUCUGGCACAGAUUUACACUUGCAAACAGCAUUCCUGGACUCCGUAUGAUGUGGUCAGAGCUGAAAAGCUUUAUUCAAAGACAGAUUGGACAUUAUGAAGAUUAUCACCCUCAGAUGAAGAGACUUUCACCAGUCAUGCCUGCAAUGAUCUAUGUUGUGAAAUGAGCACGUAGCCUGAAAGUACACAAUGGUAGAACACCUCAGUAAUAGAUAUUACUAUUCUCCUAUUUCAUUCUUUAUUUCAUAUAAAACAGUGUUCAUUAAACACUUUUUGUACAUGUCAGUCACAGGGGAAGAUACUGAACUAUCUGUCAAGACGACCGCAGUUGUGUUCUGAUUUGCCAGCCAGUUCUUUACAAUUAUCCAAAGUUAUCUUUUUCUUGUUAUAACCAAUGGAUUCAUGCUGUUGUCCUGUGUCCUGGUCUGAUUCUAACUCCUUACCCUGCUCGUUUGUCCUUUUACAAACUGCUUUAUUCGUAUUCCUGAUUUAAGUCCUAAUAGUCUGGGUUAGUCUCAUUAACAAAUUGUUUGUUCUUCCUUUUCUUCUUUUUCUUCAUUUUAAAGCCAUUGGUUUCAUGCUCCAGCCCUAAGUCCUGUGAUUGACUUUGAGUGUCCACCUUGAUGUCUUUCCUAGAUUCAUGAUCUUGCCUUGAACCUUGAUGGUCAAUAUCAGACCCUUCCUUCAGCUCCUUGUCCUUUUUCUUCUUCUUCUUUUUGUGUUUCUUUGUAAGUUGAUGAUUACUGGGUGUGUCUGAACUCUGAACCGCAACUGGACACAGAGCACUAUGUUUUAGAAUGUCUAACCCUGACACAGCUGCUUCACGGCACCGACGCUCAUUUUCCUCUUCGCUGUCCUCACUGCCAAACACAGAAUGGGAAAUACUAUGAAGCCCUUCAACUCUAUAAAAAUUCAGGUGGUGAAAUAUACAUAGGAAACAUCAUUACUUCUAAGCAGGAAUUGUGAAUGUUUAAAGUAGAAUGAAAGCUGAUGACUCCAUCAUUACUCCAUCUUAAGUUAACAGUGGUCUAUUUUGAACAUUUACUGUCACAAGUGGGAUACUAUUACACAAAAGGUGCAUAUGACCAAUUAAAACGAGCCUGGACGCAGGUGCGGAAAUGCCAAUCAAACUCUCAGAAUUCAAGCUUGCGGUGUGCCAGUACAUGGACUACUGCCAGUUAAGAUGGCAACAUCAUGCAUAUUGGUAAUGGGACUAUUAAGAAAACUGAAGAGCUGUAGCUGCAAGCACUGCAUACCAGUAUAAAGUUAAUUUCUACUGCGUCUGAAACUGGCUAAAUCCACUAAUGUACAGUACAUUCUAGACUUUUGCCAGGCUCUUCCUUCAGUGAGUCUCAUAUUUUUCAGAGGCAACGAUCAGCUCACUGAAAUUUAAGUGUAGGUGGAAUUCUCUACGGAUUUUAAAGAAUAUUGGAAACAAAAUGAAACAUUUUCUCAUUACAGAAUGUUGUUCAGCAUACAAAUAUACCCCACAUAACUGAGAAAAUAAUCUUCUGUAAAUAUAUUACUAUUUAUAUAGUGUUACAUUGUAUGCUGCACUUUAUACUUCUACAGUAUAACAACCGAACAAUAAACAGAAUGAAAUUUUUGUUUAGUGAA